GUUUGGGGCGGGGAGGAGACGCUUUCCAAAUGGGCCAGAACCAGGGGCAAAGUUAGGGGGCCCCUCAGGAGAGCCGGACUGGGACCCGGAGUGGGGCAAAGCUUGAGGGGGCCCGGGCUGGUCGAGUGAGGAGUCGGGAUUGGGUCGGAACCGAAGCGGGAUUCCUGGCCGCCUGUUGCUGGUGUCUGAAGCCCCUGCGGCUGGGAGCGGGUCAGAACUCGCCUCUUGGCCGAGGGAUGGUGCGGGGCCAUCUGUGGGCAGCCUCAGCAGCAGGUGCUGGCGGGCGGGGCUGAACUCGCCGGAGAAGUCCCGGCUGAGUCGUAUAGAGGCAGCGAGCGAGAAGCCGUGAGGGGAUCCUCCCCCUCCCGACCUGCGGGUGAAGCUGAGCGGGGAGCUUUGCUGCUGGGGUUGAAACUUUGGCUGAAGUGCAAUUCAGUGAGCAACGGGGGCCUGGCUCUGGAGGAGAGCAGCAGCGGUUGGGAAGAGGGUUUAGGAGGAGCCGGGCGGUGGGCUUGCUCUUGAGAGAGAGAGCGACUCGAGGAUCCAUCUCCAUAGUGUGUACGUGCGUGGGCUGUUUGUGGGUUUAGAGAACGAUCACCCCGAAAUUUCCUCCUGGAGAAGGGAAAGGGGAGAACUCUCUCGGUAGAGGAGAACUUCCCUGCCAGUGGCUUAAUCCCGAGGGACAAAGGAUGGAAACUGUGGAGAUGGGCGCAUAGUACUAAACUGCUGGAGCUGGAACAGACUUGGAACUCUUGUAUUGCAUUUGAUUGCUGAUUAGUGGAGGAGACCCAGCAGACACUUGAGGUUUCAGGAGCCCUUGGCCAGAUGCUGUUGGAUACGGUCAGGAGACGGCAGACUCAGAGGCGGGAGAAAAAACAUGUUUGGACAGGACAUCACUUUGGGUCUAUAUGGUGAUAGGACCCUGGAGAAAUUCCCUUUGAGCAUCGGAAAGCCUUGGCAUUUCAAGGUCUGGAGAGAGGACACCACAUUGGUGACCUGUUGUGAAAGCUAAGCCGGAGGGAUGAUGACGAGCACCGUACCUUCCAAAAAGCCUUACCGCAAGGCUCCUCCGCAGCACCGUGAGAUUCGCCAUGAGCUGCCCAUCCUGCGCGAUGACCAAGAUGGUGUGAUUUUGGCGGAGCAGAGUCAGGAGCCCUUGACAGAUGCAGAAAGAAUGAAGUUGCUGCAGCAUGAGAAUGAGGAGCUGCGUCGGCGUCUGGCCCACGUCACCAACAAAAUGGAGGCAAUGGAGAGGGAGCUGGAGUCAGGCCAAGACUACCUGGAGAUGGAAUUGGGCCAGAAUCGUGAGGAACUAGAGAAAUUCAAGGACAAAUUCCGUAGGUUACAGAACAGUUACACAGCCUCACAGAGAACCAAUCAGGAUUUGGAGGAGAAGCUGCACGCCCUGGCCUCUCUCAGUCAAAGCUGGAUUUUUGCAAUUAAGAAAGCAGAGAUGGAUCGGAAAACACUUGAUUGGGAGAUUGUGGAGCUCACUAAUAAACUACUGGAUGCCAAAACUACCAUCAAUAAACUGGAAGAACUUAAUGAGCGAUAUCGGCAGGAUUGUAACCUGGCAGUGCAGCUCCUGAAGUGCAACAAAUCUCACUUUCGGAACCACAAAUUUGCUGAUCUUCCCUAUGAAUUGCAAGACAUGGUCAAUAAGCACCUGCACAGCACUCAGGAGUCCUCAGGCCUGGGCCAGGAGGCCCCUCACACCCUGGCCCCCUCUGAUGUUGUGCCUACCUCAGUCAUCGCCAGGGUCCUGGAGAAGCCGGAGUCGUUGGUGCUGAACUCUGCCAAGUCUGGAAGCGGCAGUUGCCCCGUGGCUGAGGAUGUGUUUGUCCACGUGGACAUGAGCGGGGCUCUGCCCGAUGCCUGCCCCAGCUCAGGGCCGCCUGGGAACGAGGCAGCAGAAGGAGGGGGCCAGCAAAAUGGCGGCUGCAGGUCUCAGAGCGGCUUGGAGAGCCUGCCUGGCGAGGUGCCCACUUUUGAGAAGCUGAGCCCCUAUCCCACCCCACCCCCUCCCCACCCCAUGUACCCGGGGCGCAAGGUGAUUGAGUUCUCGGAGGACAAGGUGAGGAUCCCCAAGAACAGCCCGCUGCCAAACUGCACCUACGCCACACGCCAAGCGAUUUCCCUGAGCCUGGUUCAGGGGGAGGACGAGAACGGCGAGCGGCAGCGCACCCUCCCCAGCAGCCCCGCCUCAGAAGGUCAACGCUCAGCCUCGAGCUGCUCCUACCAGCCGUCGCCCAAGGUGAGCCGAGCUCACGGCUCCUCUCAGAGCAGCCCCUUCAGCAGCCCGCCACAGGUCCCCAGCACUUUUGCCAGUUCGGCCAGCUCUGAGGAGGACCUGCUAGCCAACUGGCAGCGGAUGUUUGUGGAAAAGGCUCCCCCCACCACGGAGCGGGUGCUGGUGAACCGCACUUCGUUUAGCCGUGACACCGCCCAGGAGCUCCAGAAACGUUUCAGCCGCUCCAUGCAGGAGUUGGGCCGGGUGGCCUCUGCCUACUCUGAUGGUGAGGAAUCCGUUCAGAGCUGCAGCUGGACCGUGAGCAGAGACUCCAGUGUGGACACAGACAGUACAGAGUCCCGGGCCCGCCGGAGCCAGUUCUCCUCCGAUUACGGCACAGACUUCUCCCAGGACGAGGCUCGCAAAUUGCUGCAAGGGACCGGCAGCGAGGGAGUGGCAAAGCCUGCCAGCUCCUCACCAGAGAAGCACAAGGGCUAUGUCGACCUAGACUCGCCUGGGAGCCCUGCCGAGGAGCAGGACAUGGUGUUACAGGGGAGUCAGGAGAACAGCCAAGAGGGCGCUCCAGAGCUGAACAAGGAGAGCAAGAGCAAGCCUCCUAGCCGCCCCCAUCGCAGCCCCAAGAGGAUGGGGGUCCACCAUCUCCAUCGCAAAGACAGCCUCACGCAGGCCCAGGAGCAGGGCAACUUGCUCAACUGAGGGGAGGGAGGAAGGGAGGCCUGGGCGGCUGCCCGAGUGCAGUGUUGCACCCACCCCUCCAAGGGCUGCACCUCUAGUCCUGAGGUCAAAGGGAUUACCAUGGCGGUACGCCUUGCCCAGGGAUUCCAGGCCAUUUUUAUAUAUUUAUUGUAUUUUUAAUAAGACACGAACAGUGGAGACGGCUGUUCUGCAGCACCAGAAGAAAACACUUGAGUGUACACCAGCACACCAUUCCCCGGAUUGUGUUCCCAGCUCAAGUUGCAUUCAUUCCCAUCCUUUCCAAGUUCAGUUCUGCCUUCACACUCCUGUUUCUGCUAAUACCAUCCCAUUGUUGAUCAUGAGUUAUGCCCUUGGGUCACUUCAGGCCUGUGUUCCUACCUUUUCAGCUUGUGCCAAGAAAUAGGAACCUGCUGUCCUAUUUUUCUUGUCUGAACCUUCCACCAGCCCAUCAUGUGAAGGCUCCACGUGAGGCGUGAAGGCUUGCAUGGGUGGGAACCCCCUGCUUUGUGUGCUUUGUUGCUUUAAACUUUCUGGAUUUGUUUUUGUUUCUCCAUUGUGGAUGUGCAUGUGGGGACAGUGUUCUGUGUCUCGCUCUGCAGAUUCCUCGCCACCUCAGUCAGACACAGUUGUUGGAAAGGGAGACCUAGGAAUCCCACUGCCAGGCUAAGCCGCAGAACUGUCCUCUUGCAGCUGCCCAGCAAAACUGAGCUGGACUGCUGGCCGGAAUGGUUCGGGUUUUGUGUGUCUGUCUCUACAGUUGUCAUGUCGGCUCUCCUCGGAUGGUCUCUCGCCUUCAUUUUGCUGGUGUUUCAUGUUAUGUGUUGUCCUGCUUGCUUCCCUUUUUUUUUUUUUUAAGAGUUUGGCUUUUAAAAUGUGCUUCCUUCUCCUUUUGCAAAUGAGCAGAGAACCUGCAAUGGGGACAAGAGAGCACCUUCUCUGCAAGAAGCACCUCAUCUCACUUCUGCUUUGGUGGUGUUGCUCUGUCUGAUCUGUGGAUUUUCUUCAGAGAAGAAUCUCUUCAGGAAGAGAUUGUUACUGAUCCAAUCUGAGCAGGGCAGCAAUCUUGCCGCUCAGUGACUGUCUUGGAGGACUGCCUAGGGAAGAGCCAUAGCUCAGUGGAAGAGUACCUGCUUUGUGUGCAGAAGGUCCCAGGCUCAGUCCCUGGCGUCUCCCAGUAGGGUUGGGAAAGACCCCUCUAUAACAGCCACUGCCAGUCCAUGUAAAGAAUACUGAGCUUAAAUGGACUAAUUGUGACUCAGUGUUAGGCAGCUUCUCAUGUUCCUUGGUGCAUACAUGGAAAGGUGUGUGUUUUUGUUUGGCCUCUUGGAGAUUGCUGAUAGGAAUGGCCUCCCUAUCUUGGGUUGGGACCCAAACUGAUACUAGUGCCUUCCUAAGGCCUUAUCCAAGGUCUGAUAUCUUUCCCCUUCUUGUGUUCAGUGUUGGUUGGGUUUUCCCCCUCGUUCCAGUAUUUUUCUUGUGUUGUGCGUCUGUGUGUGCAUGCAUGCACCUGGGAAGGGUGGGGAAAAUUUCAUAGUGUUAAGCAUUGUUCAUUGAAGGAUCAAGCUCUGCCUUACGUUCCUAGCCUGCCAUAGUCUAGGGAUGCGUGAACAGGUUUGAAUUCAAACCCGCUCGACAUCGAACAUGGCCGGCUUGAUGGUUCUGUGUAGAACCACCUCUGAACUGAAGCAGCCCCUGUUCAGCCCAAUCUCAGAUGAAACAACCCCCGGUUCAGGGGUUGGUUAAAAUUUUUUUUUAAAAGAAAACAAAAAACAAACUCACUGCUGCCCAGUCCAGGGACUGCUGGGAGGGGGGGCAGGGUGUUUCCAGAGGUUGCCCUCUCCCUCCCCCUGGCCUCCACUUACUUCCAAAUAGCCCAAUUUGGGCAGUCUUAGGCCCAUUCUGGGGCCUGUCCUCCGUGGUGGUGGCCAUUUUAGAGGCCACCGCACAUGCUCAAUGGGCCUCUGCAUGGCUGAUCCGGCCACGCAGAGACCCAUUGGGCAUGCGUGGUGGCCAAAUACCACCCGGACCGGGCUAUUUGGAAUUAAAUGGAGGCCUGUGGGGGGAGGGGAAACCCUUGGAGACACACACACACACCCUUUACCCGCACAGAAGCCCCCGGACUGGGUGGCAGUGAGUUUAAUUACGUUUUUUUAAACGUUUUUUUUUUUUAAAAAAAUUUAACGAACCUCCCUGAACCUAAACUGAACUGGGGGGGCAUGUUUGGGGGUUGAGAAACCGAACUCCUGUUCAAGUCUGGUCUGGACUUGAACCAAACUGGGCAAUCCGGUUGUGUGUACACCCUACUGGAGUCUCCAAUAAAGUCACUAGGCUGCUGGGCCUCAUUACACUACUGGCUGCUUUUGUUUGAAUGAAGUAUGUGCGAUUUACCACUGAAGAACACUCCUAAAGCCUUUCUCCACAACACAGGGAGUCCUCUCUCUCUCUCUCCCUCUCUCUCUCUCUCUCUCUUUUAAACACCAGCAAAGCAGCCUAAAGCUGUCAAGGAAACCUGCCUAAUAGCUCUGUAGGACCCACAGCUUUCCCCAAACCUUCGCAGUAUCCAUUGGAUGGCUGCUAUAGCCUAUAUCAUGUUGAUCUGCCCAGCUGCAGGACUUGUUUUUCUGCUGCCUCCCUUCAGACCUAGCCCAGGGUCUGUUGUAUGUUAGGCUUGGAUGGUCUGGCUUUAGCUGAUUUUGGAUGUGGCCGUGCUCAUUGGCCAUCCCUUUUGUUAAGGAAUGCUGGCUGCUGCAUCUUGCUGUUGGGGUAUGAUUCAGUAUUUUUGGUUUAGCCAUGCUAAUACAUUGGUGCUAAAGAUGGACACCCUCCCUUUAGCCUACGUGACCCUUCACUCUUAAUGUUCUGACUCCCCCAGCUGGCAGUUGCUUGCGAACUCUGCUGCUGCAGCCUUUGAGCUCUUGGAACUUCCUUUGUUUUAUGAAGGGCCGGCUCCGAGUUGUCAUUUCUUCCUGCCCUAGCCCUGCAGUGUUCUCUUUUUUUUUCUUUGCAAGGGUGCUGGAAAUGUGAGAGCUUCAGGGCUACUUGGUGGCCUCUCGUGUGUAGUCAGUAUUGGGAAGACAGUGCUGGGUGUGGGUGAAGCCACCCUGUUGAGUCUGAGCCUGUGUCACUUGGCUGCUUCACUAAAAUGGGGAAUGAUGUUUGUACAUCUCACUGAGAUCAGUUCUGUGUCCAGAACUUAGUUCUCCCUUCCAUGUCUAGCUGAACAGUUUGAGACUAACAUGGUUGUAGCCACCUGAUUGGCAGCAGGUACUACAGUGCUGAUUGACACUAAUCUCCCUCUUGCCUUUAAUCAUGUUGGGCUAAAGGGUGGUGUGUGGGGAGGAGGCCGUUCCAGAGUGCAACCCAGCAGUGCCAUUUAUUUCACACGCGGCUGGGUGGCAGUGAAGCCUGCAAGAGAACCGAGGAGAACUUUCCGCCCAGAGUUCCUCUUGUGGAGCCCUGCAUCUCAGCCCUUUGUAUCUUGCUCAUCAUCUCUGGCAGUAUUAAUUCUCUUGGGGAGCUUAAGUUGCCUUCUUUAGCUGCCCCACAUUUUACAGUGUCCCAACUCAAGACUGUUAAUCUGCAACUAACGUGUGUUUUUUCUGAGAUUUUCAAAUUGAUGAUGUAUAUUUUAAAGCCAGAAAUAAACUAUUUUAAAAGUA